ACGAGGAGAAGCUCAUUGCAAUUCAAGGACCACCAUGGCAUGUGUUGCCUUCCACUCUCAUAUCCUCUUCGUUUUGCUUACUGUGUAUAUCAACAUGACACUCUUUAUCUUCCUCUCAGGAAAGCACAUUUUAAGCCUGAUGACUCUCAAUAUUCUUAAUUCUACGGAAACAGUUUUCUUCAAUGACUUUCAAGGACUAAAAUUGAGCAUUUCUAUAUUCUUGCAUAUUUUCGUCAUAGUCUUUGUCUUCAUUGCAAUUUUGCUUACCAUCAUGGAUAGCCUAAACUUUGUAUCCCGAGGAGUGACAAUCGUGAUUCUGCUGUAUUCCUCCUUAUUUAACCUUAUUGGCUGUGUUUUGCUUUUUAUUUACAAGAAGACCACAGUGGAGAUGUCUAAGGGGAUCGCCGGUUGUGCAGUACUCUCUGCGAUAACUGCAGCGACGACAUUCUUCUUCGCUGUGUUUUUCAAUCUAAUAUCAUCAAGCUACACAUCCAGGGAGAGAAAUGCUCCACCUUUAGCAGCUCCACUUCCUGUUGUGCAAGAGAUUGCAAUUCCUCCCCCUCCACCGCCUUAAUUCUUUGAAAAGAAGAAAACAAGCGGUUAUAACGAAACAACAUUCGAUUAUGAGAAUAACAUAUGUUCGCUCUAUUUCAG